GGAACGUCUGCGUCCCCGCGCGUUGGCAGUUGGCGACCCCCCUUGCAUCCCCCUCCGCCGCGGCUGCCGUGGCCUUUGGAGGCUGGCGAGGCGGCUCCGAAUGUUUUCCAUAUUUGUUCAGCCUCCGUAAUCCGAAUACCAGGGCAGGCGCAGUCCGCCCAGCCGCGCUCCAGGGCCCCGGGCGCCGCGCACGCGCCCACCCGGCCACCGGCCACCCGGCCCCCCAGCCCUGCGGCCGCCAUGGGCAAGGACAAGCAGUCCCGCGGCCAGUCGAGGCAGGGCGCGCCGCCAGCCGCGGACGCCGCCGGGCCCGACGACACGGGGCCGAAGAAGGGCAAAGGGGCCCCCAAGGAGUGCGGGGAGGAGGAGGCCCGGACGUGCUGCGGCUGCCGGUUCCCGCUGCUGCUCGCCCUGCUGCAGCUGGCCCUGGGCAUCGCCGUGACCGUGGUGGGCUUCCUCAUGGCGAGCAUCAGCUCCUCCCUGCUAGUCAGAGACACUCCAUAUUGGGCUGGGAUCAUUGUCUGUUUGGUGGCCUAUCUUGGUUUGUUUAUGCUUUGUGUCUCAUAUCAAGUUGACGAACGGACAUGUAUCCAGUUUUCUAUGAAACUGUUGUACUUUCUGCUGAGCGCCCUGGGCCUGACGGUCUGUGUGCUGGCUGUGGCCUUCGCUGCCCACCACUAUUUGCAGCUCUCACAGCUUACCUGCGAGCCGGCCCUCGACUCCUGCCAGUGCAAACUGCCCUCUGCAGAGCCACUCAGCAGGACCUUUGUUUACCGGGAUGUGACUGACUGUACCAGCGUCACUGGCACUUUCAAACUGUUCUUAAUCAUCCAGAUGGUCCUUAACCUGGUCUGCGGCCUCGUGUGCCUGCUGGCCUGCUUUGUGAUGUGGAAACACAGGUACCAGGUCUUCUAUGUGGGUGUCAGGGUGUGCUCCCUGGCAGCUUCCGGAGGCCAGCAGCAAAAGGCCUAAGUGUCUCGCUCUGCUGUGACAGAGAAAGCAGCACACUGACGAGCUAAGGAGAAACACAAUUCUUUUUUUAAAGCAAAGAGAACACUUUUGACAAUACUCUCCACUGCUCAAAAUGAAUAUUUUUAUAUUAUUCACAAAACAAAGAGCUUUUCUUCAGGUUUUCUAUUGUAUUUUUAAAAAUUCUUGGGGUGGGGGGACAUGAUCCAAAUUGAUUUGUUGGAUAUGAAAAAUUGGAAGAAUGCUGAGCAGGGAAAGAAUGACAUAGAUCUAUCUUUAGAGUCUGGAGUUUAUUCCUAAUGCUUAUUUUACCCAUUACCCAUAUAACCUUCUUUCCUGCUCUCACGGUUGUCUUCACGGUGUUCCUGAGAAAGGCGGCAGCUAGGAAAGAGCUGAGUGUCCAGGUUGAAUGUCUUUAUUUUCCCUGGCACAUGUGUUGCAGGACAUGAUCACUGUGAAAAGCACAGCAGGCUUGGUUGCCGGCUAAAGCAUCGCAGACACCUGGGCUUGGAAGCCAGAUUUGAGGCUCCCUCCGUUGAUUUUUGUCAAGUGGAUCACCCACAGAAUGCUUGGGGAUGCUCGUCUGCUUCUCAAUAAUUGGGAGGUAGUAGUAGCUGUAUUCUUAAUGCUGUAGAAGGUUUAGAAAUAAUUACAUUGUGCUUCUAUUCUAUCUUCUAAAACAAAUCAUUAAAACUAAUUUCUAGCUAAUUGUUAAUUAUAAUUAUGCUCGGAAGUCUAUUUAAUGAGCUCGAGCUGUACUCAGGCAGUGAUGUUGGUGUUAAAGAGAAAUUACUCUCACCAGAGAACGUACCUAAAGAUCCCUCCCCUCCCCUGGCCUGGAAGCCAAGCAUUACAAGAAAAAAAAAUUGUUUUGUUCCUAAUGCUCAGGUUAAAAGCCCUCAUUUAAACAAAAACAAACGCAUUUAUCAUAGGGAAUGUUUCUACAAAUAGCACAUUUGUGAUAUGUUAAAAAGUAUCUCUCUCUGCAACCAUGUAUCUUUCAGGGAAACCGGGUAAUGGUGAUGAGUUUUAUUCAUAAAACUGUAUUCAUAUGUAACUCUUAUUAAUUUGCCUGCUAUCAAGCUAUUGACUCAAAAUAAUGUUUUCUUCUUUGAGUAAUGUCCUUCUUUAAGUAAUACCUCCAUGGUCUUGGGGACAGUAGUCUUGUUUUGUUUUUAAUUAAUUAUGACUUAAAGCACACAGACCUUAUCAUGCUAUUGUUAUUAAAUCCUGAAUAAUUUCAGUGCUUCAGGGAAAGAGCUAAAUAUGAAAAUUCAGGCAGCAUAAAUGCUAUCAGAAUUUCUCUAUUACUACUCUAUGUUGAAAGUAGAAUUUCAAGAUAAGAAUUGAGCUCAAUUUGCCUCUCCAUGUUGCCUGUUGAUACAGUUUUCUGAUCAUGAAAUUCUACCCUAAAAGGAAAACAUGUUUUUGUUUGCCUAUGAGGAUACACAAAUAAUUCCAUUGAUUGUGCCAAUUUUUGCACAAUAAAAAUAUUCCAAUAAAAAGGAAAUGUUUAGACAGUAAUCUGGAGGAUUGUAAAUAUCUUUUAUGUCCUUCAUAUAAAACACCUGAUUAAUAAGUGUAAAAACCUUUUUGUAUUUUAGCUAGCUUUAAAAUUAUCUCAGGCAAGAAAGCAUAUUGGACAAGUCCUUGAAUAAAACUCAAGAGCAGAAUUGUUCACAAAAAAUAUCACCGGCAGGUUUCAGGUCAAACCUCUUGGAAAUGGCCUGAAAAAUACUUGGUAUCCUGCUAAGAAAAAUCCCAAUAAUUGAUUCCACUUUGGUUUUUGAUAGUUUCCUACAUAGAGAAGAAAAUGAUGAAGAAUCUGGAGUAUUGUAGGCUUUAAAAGAGUAAGAAAGUUGUGCUUUAAUGCUAUUUACUAUAAAUCCAGGCACCACUAGCAGCCACUCUGAAUAUGUUUAGCAACUUUUUAAAAUAGUGAACUCUACAAGAUUUUGUAUUAGAAAGUUAAGAAUCUCCACAUCAUUAAGGUGCUCUACGCUUUACAGAUGAUUCACAGGGUAUUUUAAGUAGAUUACCUUUAGCUUGUAUGCUUCCUUUUUCUAAAUAAUGCAACCAAAAAGAGCUGAGAUAGUAAUAACCCUGAUAAUAAUAUGCAUACUAGUCAGGACACACACAUACACACAUAACAGGGAUUUUACUAUUGUGCAAUGAGAGCAUGCUCAGAUCCUAAAAGGAAAGAAAGAACAGAACCAAAAAGAAAGGAAGAAGAGAUUCCUCUACUGCAAGCUCACUGUGUAUUGACAUGUGUAAGAAUCGUGUUGCAUGAAUAACAAACCGCUUUGGGCUGGAUUUGAAGUAUUUUGAUAUUAUGUUUUGCAAAUAUUGAAGUUACAAUGAGGGCAACAGAAAAGGAACAGUUACACAGCUUUACACUUAGCAAAAUGUUACAUUUAAAAUCUGACAAGUAGCCAAGAUGGUGACUGUUUCUUCUAAACCAUGAGACAGUAAGAUUUGCGCAAUCCUCCUCCUCUCCCACCUCUUUCAGGAGAAUUAAAUGAACCAAGACUUUGGAAAGAAGGGGAACAGCCAGGACUUGGCAGGACUUGAAAUAGGAGAAAUACAGCAGCCUAAAUGUACGGACUUUGUAACUGAGCCCACUCGUCGGCUUGUGCCUUCACGUGACCACCAUCUGUGCCUCCCUCGCUCCAUCCAAAUCUGUGUAGGCAGCGCCCUGGAACUGUGCCUGAGACUAUAGCUAUACCAGGGCCCUAGAAACUGUAGUCAAGUAACAGCCCCACCCCCCACCCCCUUUCGAUUAAAAGUGCAGAUGAUUCUUUUUGAUGCAUUUCCAGCUGUGGACAUCAAGCGUGUUGUCCUGACAGCAAGAAUGCAUUAUGGAUGUGUUUUCUGUUCAUGUCCAAGACGUGAGGACCUUUUCAUAUUUUUGCACUUCCUGCUUUCAUGCAGUGGAUCUGGAACACGUUUAUAAAAUUUUCGUAAAGGCGGGAACAAUGGAUAUCCAAGGGGGAUUCUGAGGGACAGCUGUGAAGUGGUUACUUUUAGCGUAAUCAGAAACAUAAAAUUGCUCUGCAGAUCUAAUCAUUUGCAAACAUGCAAUAUACCUUUAUAUUUUCUAGUAAUUAUUUCUGAAUUUCUACUAGGUGACAAUAUAUUUCUUUUCUUUUCUUUUUUUCCUUUUUCUUUUUUUUGUGCCAGGAAUCAAACUCACAACCUCGCACUUGCCUGGCAGGUGCUGUGCUGCUGAGCUGUAUCCCUGGCCCUUGGCAGUGUAUUUCUGUGAACCUACUGGCUAUCAGUUUUUACUAUACCCAAAACCUAUCAUGCUUUUAGCUAUACACCGUCCUUAGGAAUACAUGAUGGCCAGAUACAAUGACUCACAGUGGAAACAUUCAUUUGGAUGAAGACUUAGUGGUUGAGCCUUUGAAAUCAAUACCUUGAUUUGUUUCUUCUGAUUUUCUAGUACUUUAUUAUCACAAAUGAUUAUUAUUAUCCCCUUCAAAAACAUUGGUCUGUAUUUUGGUGUUGUGGUUUCAUUCUUCUGGCCUUGAUCAAAUAGUGAGUAGAAAAUGAAGUGUCGCUCCAUGCUUGAGGUGGUUGUUUUUAAAGGGGAUGUGUAUACUACAGAUUUUCUUAAUAAAAUGUUCAUAGUCUCUGAAAA